AAAGAAGGGUUAAUUAAUGUUACAGAGGCUGCCGUUAUUCUGUUUUCUUCUGCCUUCCAAAGAAUCCUCAUUCUGUUCAUCUCUCUUCCAUUCCCAAACCCUAGAAAGAUAGACAAAAUUGCAGAGCUUCAAAGAGAGGAAGAGAGAGAAACCAAUAAGAAUUUAAAUCCUUUUCAAAUUUCAGAGAAAAAUCAAUUGAAUCGAUAAGAAAAGAGAGAAAAUUUAUCGUACUUGCAAUGCAAUUUUUUUUUUCUCCAUUUCAGUAUCCAUUUUCUCUCGAAAAUUUUGCUUUUCCUUGAUUUAUACCAAAGGAAAAGGAAAUGAUUUCGAAUCCACAUCUCGUCUUCUAUGCUUGCAUUGCAAAAGGAUCCACAAUCCUUUCCGAGUUGUCGUUGUCCAAAGAGCCGGGAAUCGAAGUUGUAGCUAAGCAAUGCAUAGAGAAGACCCCUCCUCUCCACUCCAUCUUCUCCCAUACCAUUCGCAAGAAGACCUAUGCCUUUUUAAUCCAUGAACCUUUUGCUUAUUUCGCCAUUUUCGAUGAAGAUCUGGAGAAAUCAGAGUCUAUGUGGUUCUUGGACCGUGUAAAGGUCGCUUUCGAGGAGUUUAUUGCGUCCAAUCCAAUCAAAGAUUUUGCUAAGCUCACUUCCCUUUGUUUUCAAGGCCAAUUCUAUCCUAUUUUUCGCGAGAUACUUUCAUUGGAUGUAGACUUGGUGGAUUCUUUAUUGGAGGUACCAAAGGAUUUUAGGAAUCCAAGUGUGGAUUCUACGAAGGGAAAGAAGACGGUAGUGAGACCCUUGCAUUCGAAGCCGACUAAAAUGAUGAUGAAGAAGAAGAAGAGACCAUUAUGUUGUGCUGGUGCUGGUGCCGGUGGUGCUAGUGAUGGACGAGGAGAGGCAAAUGGGGAUCAUCAUAAUUUUAAGGAUGGUGGUGGUGCUAUGAUGGAUAGUAAGGUGAAUCAUGUGUAUGAGAAUGGAAAUAUUGUGGUGAAUAGAGAGUUUUCAGUUUCGAUGUCCCACAAGAAUGGUGGGUAUUAUUUGGGUGAUAACAAGCAAAAGGUCAAGCAAAUUUGGAGGAAGCACGUUUGGGUCAUUUUGAUAUUGGAUUUGGUUAUUUGUGCUGCUUUGUUUGGGAUUUGGUUGUGGGUUUGUAGGGGAUUUAAAUGCAUUGAUGGUUGAAUUGGGAGAUGAUUUGACAUGCUAAUAAUAAUGUGGGUGUUCUACUUUGAGGAUUCUGCAUCAGAGAUCAAGAACGUAUUUGGGAGAGAAUAGUGUAAAUGGGGUUGCAAGAAAAAUUGUUGUUCAUUCGUUCUGGAGUUCUGUUUGGCUUCCAUUGGUGAUAUUCUUAGCUUCUUUGAUGAACUCUUUCUCUUUGUAUAAUUAAUUUCUGGACAGGUUGUAUAGCCAUGUCAACAUGCAUAUUUUCUUCUAUUGCCAUGAACUGUGAAUACCUAUCAGCAACAUAUAUAAAUUGUGCAGGCUUUUGUCUUUUUCCCAUUGUUUGUAGAGGCUGUAUACGAUGUGUUUUUGCCUUAAGCUUCCACAAGCAGAAACUACGCAAUUUAUGACGUGUCAAUGAAUUUCUUUUAAUUUUCUUGCUA